AUGAUGGUGGCAUUGCAGUACGAUGCCCUGAUCAUGUCAGGCGCCCGAAAACACUUGAAACGAUUCAAAUACCUCGUAAACUAUGCUCAGCAAUGGCUGCAUUCAGCAGUUUUCAAACGCUGCUUGUUCGGCGUGAACUCCAACAUCUUGGGUCUGUUACGUAUGUUGAGCGUUAACCUGGUCGAACUGGCAUUCUUGCAGCACCGGGCAAAUAUGCCAUUUAUUACAACCAUCGCUGCAUGUCCAAAACUAGUUCAAUUCUCUUACUCUGUCGACAAUGGCUUUCGCGGUAUUCACUAUGCCGACAUAUGCACUAACGAGCCCGCAACUGGAAGUGACGGCAGCAACAGUAAUAAUGGAAUCGUCUUCCCAGCAAUGACAUGUUUAAGCAUUGACGCUACACUUGCACACCGUCAACGACUCGGAUCAAUAUUGAGCAAAUGCCCGAACCUAGCUGUCUUGCGACUCAACAACUCUUAUGUCAGUCCACCAUUCGAUCUUUUGCUCUCUGGGCAACUUGACUUGAACAUGCGUGAUAUAUUUGUUAGGUGCCCCAAGCUGGAGUAUUUGGCAUACAACAGUUCUCCAAGCAGCCCAAGACCGGAUGUGGAAGGGUGGAUGGCAGGAUACAGAAAGAACAAAAAGACAAAACAAAUCAAGAAUCAUGAAAUAUCCCUGGAAGCCCUGACGAUCAGUGCUGGUGUAUCUGAUGCUCGAAUGAAUUGGGACGCCUUGGAAACAGUCCAUGCGCUACAGCUGCGAACAACAUACCAGCCUGUGUUCCAUGCACUCCAUAUCAUACCCAAGCUAAAGCGUUUGACUAUCGAUUAUCGAUUUAUUGAUCAAUUACGUCGCCAAGAGCUUCGAGAUGACGAUGUCAUGAGUCCUUUAUGCGACUGGUUGGAGGCCUCGGCAGCCUGUCACGAUACUACUACUGAUGGCUUUAUCGCCUUACAGGAACUUCAUGUUAUUGGUCCUGUUGCGCUUAACAUUCUUCAUAACCGGCUUCUCGACGCGUUAUGUUCUGUGACAACUCUAAAGACACUAGAGUUAAACAACGUAAACAACGUAAAUCAUCCAGACGAGAGGUUUCAGGGCGUGACCAACAACGAGAACCUGUCAACCGAGGAAUCAUUGCAUGUUCUUCAAAAACUGGCUUACUUGUCGGUGGAAAAGCUUUUUCUUGUAAAGGUCACCGCAUUUUGCAAAGAGUUGUUUGACAUACUCUCAAGUAUGAAGCAUCUGCGCAUCCUUGAAAUCGUAAGCUCGAGUGGACUAUAUCACAUUGAUGACCUUGUGAACUUUAUCAAAAUUCCGUUUGACUCUCUCAUAAUGCGCGACCGUCAUGAACGAUGAACUCAAUGGAAACACCUUGUGGAUUAUAUCGAGCAUGAUUGCAAUGAUCAAUAUACUAUAAAAAUAGAUAAAAUUUUCCCCAUGUGGUGUUAUUUUGAAGUACGUCGACACACGUAUGUAAAUCAAUCACAUAGUGCUUGAGCAUGUCCCAUAAAC